UUUCAGGGAACAAUUUAGUUGGCAACAUUCCUGAUUGCUGGAAUUCAACUCAAAGAUUGAAUGAGAUAAACCUCUCAUCGAACAAAUUAUCAGGUGUUAUUCCAAGCUCGUUCGGUCAUCUUUCAACUUUGGCAUGGCUGCAUUUGAAUAAUAACAGUCUUCAUGGGGAGUUUCCAUCAGUCUUGAGGAAUUUAAAGCAACUGUUAAUCUUAGAUAUUGGAGAUAAUAAAUUGUCAGGGACUAUACCUUCAUGGAUAGGUGACAUUUUCUCCUCAAUGCAGAUUCUCAGGUUAAGACAAAACAAGUUCCAAGGUAAUAUUCCAUCACAUCUAUGCAAACUUUCAGCAUUGCAAAUCUUGGACCUAUCCAACAACAUUUUGAUGGGGUCAAUCCCUCACUGCGUUGGGAAUCUUACAGCAAUGAUUCAAGGAUGGAAACCAUUCGUUUCCUUUGCUCCCGGUGAGUUGAGGUAUAUUGAAUGGUAUGAGCAAGAUGUCAGCCAGGUCAUUAAAGGAAGAGAAGAUCAUUAUACAAGAAAUUUGAAAUUUGUGGCCAAUGUGGAUUUAUCAAACAACAGUUUGACUGGAUCUAUUCCAAAAGAAAUAACUCUUCUUACUGCUUUACGAGAACUAAAUCUGUCACACAAUCAUCUGUCAGGUGAAAUUCCUACAGCCAUAGGGGACAUGGAGUCACUUGAAUCUUUGGACCGGUCAACUUUCAGGCCCAAUUCCAUACACCAUGUCUAAUUUAACUUUUCUAUCUGUACUAAACUUGUCCUACAACAACCUUUCAGGACCGAUUCCACAAGGAAACCAGUUCUUAACACUUAAUGAUCCAUCUAUUUAUGUUGGCAACAAAUAUCUUUGUGGUGCACCACUGUCGAAUCAUUGCCAUGUUGAUGAUAGAGAUGAAAGUGGAGAUGAUGAUGAUAGUAAACAUGAUAGAACUGAGAAAUUGUGGUUUUACUUUGUGGUAGUACUUGGGUUUGCUACUGGGUUUUGGGUCUUUAUUG